AAUGUAACAGAGUCAGCUUUUGAUAUUAAUUAAUCAAACACCACACACAUUCUCUCUCUUCCUUUUCUUCAUCUUCUUCUUCAACCUUCUCUCUCAAUCUCUGAUGUGAGAGUUGCACUGAGGUUAUGGAUUGAGAAUUCUCUCUUUCUCCAUCUCUCUAUCCCUCUCUGUUUUAUAGUACUUUCUUUUGGAUCAAUCAGUUUAUCUUUUUCAGCUUCUUGACAAUGGAAGAAAAAGAUUCAGUGGCUACACUGAUGGAUUCGACAACUUCUAAGAUACAACAACUGCAGAAGGCAUUUGCUGAACUUGAAAGUUAUCGAGCUGUUACUCUUAACAUGAAAUGGAAAGAACUGGAGGAACAUUUUCACGGGCUCGAGAAAUCCUUGAAGAGGCGCUUUCAUGAGUUAGAAGAUCAAGAAAAAGUGUUCGAAAACAAGACAAUGAAAGCUCGUGAAAUGUUGAAGAAGCAGGAAGCGGCUGUUUUUGCCAAGGAACAAGCUACAUUGCAAAGGCUUCAAGAGAAAAGAGAUGCUGCUACAUUUGCCAUUAUAAAUGCUCGAGAAAAGCACAGGAAGGUUUCACAAAAAGAUUUAGCCAUUGUCUCUAAUGGGGGUCAAGGUACAUCAUGUAUGGAGGAGAAACCAAUGGAUGCUGUUUCUAAUGUGACGGAAGGUCACAUAGAAGAUGUGAAACUUUCUUUUGAAAAUGGAAAUGGAAAUGUGGACUUGGUCUCUUAUCCGGAGUUGCUAAAACUUUGUCAGGAGAUGGAUACUGCUGGACUGCACAAAUUCAUAUCGGACAACCGUAAGAACCUUGCUGCUAUAAGGGAGGAAAUACCACAUGCAUUAAGAGCUUCUCCUAAUGCGGCCUGUUUAGUCUUAGAUUCCUUGGAAGGAUUUUACUGCAUGGAAGUGUCAAGUCAUGAUAUUAAGAAGGAUGCUAACUUAUUAGGUCUUCGCCGGACCUGUAUCAUGCUGAUGGAAUGUCUGAGUGAUUUCCUGAGCAAUUCAGCCCGUGUUUCUAAUUUAGUUUCGAAAGAUAUCAAGGAACGGGCAAAGGCAGUUGCUGAAGAAUGGAAACCUAAAUUGGAUGCUCUUGACAUGGAUGCCAGUAACGGGAAUUCCUUGGAGGCUCAUGCGUUUUUGCAACUUCUAGCCAGUUUUGAUAUAGCGUCUGGUUUUGAUGAGGAGGAGUUAUCCAGGCUAAUUCCAAUGGUGUCUCGGCGUCGCCAAACUGCUGAUUUAUGCUGUAGCCUUGGAUUAUCAGAGAAGAUGCCUGGUGUAAUUGAGGUUUUGGUGAACAGUGGGAGGCAAAUUGACGCAGUUAACUUGGCUUUUGCAUUUGAUCUAACGAAACAGUUUUCUCCUGUUACCUUGCUGAAGUCUUAUUUGAAGGAUGCUAGAAAUUCUUGCUCACCUGGCAAAAGUGGUAACUCAUCCCCCACUGCACAGAUUGAAGUUAAUGAACGAGAGUUGAUUGCUCAUAAAGCUGUAAUCAAGUGCAUCGAAGAACACAAACUUGAUGAGCAGUAUCCUCUAGAUCCUCUCCUGAAACGAGUUGUUCAACUUGAGAAGGCCAAAGCUGACAAAAAGAGGGAAGCCGAAGCGACAAAGCCUCAACCGAAGAGACCUCGAGCUAAUAAUAUGGGAUACGGUCCCCGUGUCACUAACAUUCCUUCUGACAAAACUUCUUAUCCUAGAGUUGCUGACAGGUACCCACAAACGCAAUAUGUGUAUGACCGACCUUACAUGUACCCUGCACCAACCGACAAUCACUGUCCUCCCGUCCUCGGCAAUGCACAUUAUAACUUCUCUCAUAAUCAUGGCAACUACUUUGGAAACGGCUAUCAGUACCAAGCUACAUAUCUUCACUAGUUAACCGAGAUAUGAGCAGAAACUUAUGAUCCUUUUGUUUAAUAUAUCUAGUCUUAACCUUUUAAGAUGGUGAAUGUUGUACUUUUUCAAUGUAGUGUUUAAGAAUCACUAAAAGGAGUAAAAUGUCAUGUUAUUAAUAUCUUACCUUUUGUACUAGAAGAUAUUCUGAUCCUCUAAUGUAUGAAUUCUGUUCUUGUUUUGUACAAACUUAAUCCUGUUGUUGCCUUUGUAGUAUGUUUGCUUGUCAUA